CAUUCAUGUGUAACCGUGAACGAGACUCAACACGUCACUUUGCCCAUUCAGAGUUGCUUCCUGUUCAGUCUCUGUUCCCUUCGCUCCAACACUCGCUGCUGACCCAGAGAUCGUGGCAUGGAGGGAUUAGUUAGGUCUGUGUGUACGUGUGUGUAGAUGUGUGACAGCGGAGUGUGUGAGGACAAGCCCCCCGCCCCCCCUGUCAGGAUGAGCAGCCAAGGAGGAGCCAAGGACCCCCAGUCGGCCAAUCACAGCUCUCGGCCACUACCGUCUGUACCUGAGGAGAGGAAGUCAAUAAACAAGAUUAUGUCCAUGUUUGCCUCUGAGAAAGGAGGCAGGAAGAAGGACCGGGACAAGGACCGGCCUGAGAUCUCCUCCCCCUCAGACUUUGAACACACCAUCCAUGUUGGUUUUGAUUCUGUCACUGGAGAGUUCACUGGCAUGCCAGAGCAGUGGGCCCGUCUUCUUCAAACCUCCAACAUCAGUAAAUCAGAACAGAAACAGAAUCCUCAGGCCGUCCUCGACAUUCUCAAGUUCUAUGACUCUUCUACUGGGAAACAGAAAUACCUCAGUUUUUCCGCCUCGGAUAAAGACUCACAGUCGUCAGGCAAACAGGGUACAGCGACUUCCUCACCGGGUGGCAAGCAUGGAGACGAUGACGAUGACGAUGACACGCCACCUCCAGUUGUGGCACCGCGGCCUGAACACACAAAAUCUGUGUACACAAGGUCGGUGAUAGACCCGCUUCCGGCUCCAGAGGUGGACGCCGCCUCAAAGGCAGCGGACAGACAGAAGAAGAACAAGGGCGGCAAGAUGACGGACGAGGAGAUCAUGGAGAAGCUCAGAACCAUCGUCAGCAUCGGUGAUCCUAAGAAGAAAUACACUCGCUAUGAGAAGAUCGGCCAGGGGGCAUCCGGCACAGUUUACACAGCCAUAGAUGUUGCCACAGGACAAGAGGUGGCCAUCAAACAGAUCAACCUGCAGAAGCAGCCAAAGAAAGAGCUGAUUAUCAAUGAGAUCCUGGUGAUGAAGGAGAUGAAGAACCCCAACAUUGUCAACUUUGUAGACAGUUUCCUGGUAGGAGACGAGCUUUUUGUGGUGAUGGAGUACCUGGCUGGUGGCUCCCUAACUGAUGUUGUGACGGAAACGUGCAUGGAUGAGGCUCAGAUUGCAGCCGUCUGCAGAGAGGUCCUCCAGGCUCUGGAGUUUCUUCAUGCCAAUCAGGUCAUCCACAGAGACAUCAAGAGUGACAACGUACUGCUGGGGAUGGACGGAUCAGUCAAACUCACUGACUUUGGCUUCUGCGCCCAGAUCACCCCAGAGCAGAGCAAACGCAGCACCAUGGUGGGGACUCCAUACUGGAUGGCUCCAGAGGUGGUGACUAGGAAAGCGUACGGGCCCAAAGUGGACAUUUGGUCUCUGGGGAUCAUGGCCAUAGAGAUGGUGGAGGGAGAGCCUCCAUAUCUCAACGAAAACCCUCUCAGGGCUUUGUAUUUAAUCGCCACCAAUGGGACUCCUGAGCUGCAGAGUCCAGAGAAGCUGUCUUCUGUCUUCAGAUCCUUCCUGUCCCGCUGCCUGGAGAUGGACGUGGAGAAACGAGGAUCAGGCAGAGAACUGCUGCAGCACCCAUUCCUGAAGCUGGCCAAGCCUCUGACCAGCCUCACCCCGCUCAUCUUGGCAGCCAAGGACGCCAUGAGGAGCAACCGUUAAACCCCCCGUCUCUAAAGACUAUAAGAGCCAACGACAGCCAAACCAGCCAGCCUUUUCUACUUUUGUAUGAUGACCAACAGCAACCUGCUGGUGUUUGUGUGUGUUUUUUUUCAAAGGGUCACCAAAUGCCUCUCCACUUCUCCCGGUGUUUCUGUAUUGAUGCCAGAUUUAUCUUAACCUCCUGUUCCUUGUUGUAAAGCCGCAUACAGUCAUAAUAAGUUUGCUAUUUGCAGCGAGAGCACGUGUGUGUUGUCGAGUAUGCAUGAAAGGAAUGUGGGAUCACUGUUGCAAGGGUUCAAGACUCUUUACACACAUAUUUACAAGGAUCUUAUCUCCCACUAGCAGUCCAAGGAGGAAUAUUUGGUUUGAUAAAAGGAUGGUGAAGAUUGUCAAGUUCUUCAUGGUUGAAAAGGCGUUUGUCCGAGUCUUGGACAACUGUGCAAACUAUCAUCUCUGCUUUUACUUGUUGUGUUUUGUCAGUGAGCUUUAUUUUCUCGCCAGCCAUCAAAAUAUGAUAUUUAGUUUGUUAUAUUUUUAUGCAUUACCUGCAGCAGAUAGUGACUUAGGAGUCCUCUAGACCAGUGGUUUUCCACCUUUUCCUUAAAGGACGUCUUCUCUAUCGACUACUUUUAGCCUAAGGAUGUUUUGGGAAUGAGGAAAUCUUUUUCCUUAUUUAAAAAAAAAUUACUAGAACAUUUUUUUUGAUGACAGUGGCAAUUUUGUUCAUCAUUAAAUAUAAAUUUUGGUGUAUGGAGAGACUGAAACACUUGUAUCUGGUAUCUAUAGUGUCUGUUGUCAUGGUUACACACAUGCAUUCUGACAGGGUCCUAUAGAGUGCCCCAGGGUUGACGUUUUUCUGUAAGAUUCACGCAAGUUAGCUUCGCCCAGAUCCCCUCAUCAAAAAGCUGAUGGGAUUUUUCCAUUGGAUUAUUGCAGAAAAUAAGAUCUGUGGUGAACAAACGUUUAUGAUACUUACACGUUUUACUCUGCAAGAUGUUCUUCAAAAAUAAGCAACAAUUUCAGAAUGCUUUAGGCCUACAUGCAGUCGCCAGAAGUGAAAGCUAUAAACAAACAUCACAACUGCAUUGCCACCACACCAAGGUUGUAAAGCCGUGUUUAGCACAGCAUGGUGUGAUGAUGUUAUGUAGUCUCAUUUAGCCACUUGUUGGCAACAAAACAGCAAAAGAUGAAAGUCUCUUAAGCUUGAGUGAACCACAGACCUUUUUCUAAACAUCUAACCAAAAACCCAUCCAAAAGAACCCAUUGACUUUGAGAAAAGGGAACUGGAGAUGCUGAACUGCUAACUUAUUUGCAGAUUUUAGGACUCAUUACUGGGCUACAUACUGUACUGUAUUGUGACCCACAGCAAUGGACAGUGCAGUCUUUGUGCAGCGGAAAUGCCAAAAGACUGUGUCCAUGUUUGAGCCUGCAUCUCACUGAAAAUUAAACCAUUCCACUAAAAGUAAUGGGAUUCAAGUUUUUGCACAUGCAACUUUCAAUUAUUUAAUAAUAGUAGAUAAAAAUUUCCUGUUUUUUUUUUUUUUUGGGUUAAAAUCUCUAGUGGCAGCUUUGCCAGGCACCGAAACACACUAUCAUGACGCUGACUCAGACUUCACACACCUCUGCUGGUAAACUCUCUGCACAGGCUCUUCUGCAGACUAUGCAAACCCAUCUGAACACCCUGAUGUUUCUUCUAGAUGUUCUGUCCGCCCUCAGCUGUGCCUUUUACAAUAUGUGCCUCACUGCCGAUGUGUUGGUGCGAGUACAACACGAAUACUGUAUGAAAUCGUCUGGAUGUGUUAAACUGGAGGAACCAUUUUUUUGUAUAUUAUGUUUUGGUGAUGUCUUCUAUUUUUGUAACAGCUUUAAAAAAAAAGUAUGUAUAUCAUUGUUUUAUAUUUGUAACUAACAUAGGAGGAGACAAAUUAGUUUUUUCAACUUGUUUUUGUGCACCAAUUCAUCGUCAGUUCCCUGACCUGUGUAACUGUGUGACUCCAAACCAUAAAAUGUAUUGAUAAGCCUGAGACAAUCAAGAGAAACCUGCGUCAAGCAGUAUUUGAGAAUGGAUGUUUUAACCUGCUUAGAGUACCAGAUGAGACCUCUUUUCCCAGCAAGUUUAGACAAUCACCGGAAAGUUACUGUGUAACAGUUACUAAAUGUGCCUUUAACAGAUACAAGAUGCAGUAAAACCCACUCAUAUGGUACUCAGCAGGUUGACAUACAUACUGAGUACAAAUACUGUGAACAGGCCGCUAAUACACUGUUAAGUGCCUUUUGACCAGAACACACAUUCCAGUUUUAUGUGUAAUAUGAAUGUUUGAAGAGUUUGAUAUGAAUGUGUUGUUAAGCAUGAAACCAACAGCUUCUGGUGAUGAAUAUCAUCCAUACAGUAUGUAAAUUAUUAUUAAAGGUGGACCUAAAUAGG